AUGGCGGCGAAUCCGCAGCCUCAGCUCCCCCCGGGACUAUCACCUGUAGAGCUUCGCGCGCACACCAACGCAGGAAGAGAGGCAAACUCACAACAAAUUCUCAGGAGCAUAACUGUUGAUAUAGACACAAAGGACUUCCGUUGUGCCACAACAGACGAACAGACAAUUCCUCUUCGUGUCUAUAAGCCCUCAUCUAUACCCAGUGGUGUCCAGCUACCGGUCUUUAUCUUCUACCAUGGUGGAGGUUAUUGCUUUGGUACUUUGUCAAGUGAAGAUGGCUUCUGCUCCUGGAUGGUCGAAAAGGUGGGCAUCAUCGUGGUCAAUGUCUGCUACCGGCACACCCCCGAAUGGAAAUGGCCUGCUCAAAGAGAAGAUGCCUUCAAUGCUCUCAACUGGGUCUUUGAUAAUAUCGAUUUAAUUAGCGGAGAUCAAAACAAAGUUCUCGUCGGGGGUCGGUCUAGUGGAUCAAACCUUGCAGCCGGCGUUUCUCUUCGUGACAAAGAUGUACAUGGGAAGAGCCGCAUUCGAGGCCAGAUUCUCGACCUGCCGCAUGUCUGUCAUACGAGCGUCUUCCCUGCAGAUCUCAUUGCCCCGGGCAAAGGAUCCUUCGAGGAGAACAUUGACGCACCGAUUCUCCCGGCGACAAGAAUAGACUUUUUCAAUAAGCUUCUUGACGUGAAGGACCCCACAGAGAGGUAUUAUAGCGUCUUACUUGCACCCGAAGCCGACCUAGCGGGAUUGCCUGCUGCGUAUUUCCUUGUCGCCGGGCGUGACCCGCUUCGUGAUGAAGCGCUGCUGUAUGAGGCGAAACUGAAGCGCGCAGGAGUUAAGACGGACGUGAAUGUCUAUCCCGGGGUACCACAUGGAUUCAGGCGUUAUAGAGAUUUAAAGAUGAGCCGCCAGUACGAUAAAGAUCUUGUGAAAGCAUUCAAGUGGCUGCUACAGUAG